AAGCACGACCACACACAAGUUGAGAUAACAGCAAUGCAAGUGAUCUAUACUCAAACCAAUUAGUUCAUCAUCAUCGUCCUCCACCAGCCUAUCUUAUAAUACAGAAAUAAUGGAUUAUUGGACAGUACUGCUUUUCUUCCUUUCUCAUAUUCUGAUCUUAAACUACUUUGGUGGCCUCACCAUUGCACAGCCUGAUUUCGGAGGCCACAACUGUACAGGCAAUAGCACUAGCAGUAUGUAUGAGGCAAAUAAGAACACCCUCCUCUCCUCCCUCUUAUCCAAUAUCGAUAAACAUGGCUUUUACAAUUCCUCCGUUGGCCAUGGCUCUGAUAGAGUUUACGCAAUUGUGCUUUGUCGAGGAGAUGUUGAGCUGGAUACUUGUCGUAGUUGUAUUAGCGACGCUAUUAGUAUGAUCGAACAACAUUGUCCAAACUUCAAGGGUGCAGUUGGGUGGUACGCUGCAUGUAUGUUAAGGUUCUCGAAUCAAAAUAUAUUCAGCACCCUUGAAACUAGACCCACUGUAUCUACUUGGAAUUUUGCUACUGUUUCAGACGUGGUUGGGUUUAAUCGGUCACUACGGACCUUGGUGGACAGCUUAAGGGACAAAGCAGCAUCAGGUGGUUCUCCGCGUAAGUUCGCUGCGGGGAGCAUUAGUGCCUCUAAUAAUGUGACAAUAUAUGCCCUUUUACAGUGCACUCCUGAUUUAUCACAGCAGCAAUGUAUCAAUUGCCUAGAUUUGGCUGCAGGAAAUCUUCCGAAUUGUUGUGCUAUAAAUAUAGGAGGGCAAAUUCUAUCACCCAGCUGUACUCUUCAUUAUGAGAAUUACCGUUUCUACAGUGAAAUUCAAACUCAGUACACCGACAAAACUCCGGCGUCACCUCCAGGCAAAAACAAUGGCGCAACCCGAACCAUCAUUAUUAUUGUCGUUCUAACCGUCAUUACUGUGAUUCUUAUGGUUUGCAUUUUUAACUUUCUAAGAAAGAAGAAGCAUCGGAAACCAAAGGAGAAAAAUGAGACCGUGGAUGAAAUUAGCAUCAUAGAGACCUUGCAGUAUGAUUUUGGCACAAUAAGAAUAGCUACGGACAACUUCUCUCACAGUAACAAGCUUGGAAAAGGUGGAUUUGGGACUGUUUACAAGGGUAGGCUUCCAAACGGACAAGAAAUAGCGGUGAAGAUGUUAUCAAGGAAUUCCAAAGAAGGGGAACGGGAAUUUAGGAAUGAAGUCUUGUUAUUGAUGAAGCUUCAGCACAGGAAUUUGGUUAGGCUCCUAGGUUUUUGCCUACAAGCAGCAAAAAGGAUUCUCAUAUAUGAAUUUGUUCCAAAUGCAAGUCUUGAUCAUUUUAUAUUUGAUCCUAUCAAGCGAGCAAACCUGGAUUGGGAUUUGCGCUUCAAAAUAAUUGAAGGCAUCGCUAGGGGACUUCAAUAUCUUCAUGAAGAUUCUCGACUUCGAGUCAUUCAUCGUGAUCUCAAGGCUAGUAAUGUCUUAUUAGAUGCAGAGAUGAACCCUAAAAUUUCAGAUUUUGGGCUAGCAAGGCCUUUUGCAUUCGAUGAAAGUCAAGGCAAUACAAGUAGGAUCGUGGGAACCUACGGAUAUAUGGCACCAGAGUAUGCAAUGCAUGGACAAUUCUCUGUUAAGUCAGAUGUCUUUAGCUUUGGAGUAUUAGUUCUAGAAAUUAUAAGUGGUAAGAAGAACAAUUGUUUCCAACAUGGGGAGAAUGUAGAGGAUCUUCUAAGCUACGCAUGGAAAAAAUGGCAGGAUGGGAGGACUCCAAAUAUAAUAGAUCCCAAAUUACUGGCCAAUAGUGGAGGUUCUAUACCGGACAUCAUGAGAUGCGUUCAUAUUGGAUUGCUCUGUGUUCAGGAAAAUGUAACAGAUCGACCAACUAUGGCUUCCAUUGUUCUGAUGCUUAGUAGCUUCUCUCUCACUUUUCCAAUACCAUCCGAGCCUGCAUCGUUGAUGCUAAGAAGCAUUGAUCCAAAAAUGGCAUUGAUUCGAGAGGAUGAUUCAAGGGCGACUCAGUCCAAUCAAUUAAAAAAUAAUUCUGAUUGUUGGACCGUAGAUCAGGCUUCAAUUACUGAGUUAUAUCCUCGAUAGUGUUUUAGUUAUGUAUGAUAGUAAUAAGAAUGUGUGGACAACAUAAUGGUUCAAUUUAGUUGUUUUGGAUCGGAGUUUUCCUUAAUGGGUACGAAGAUGGAACUGAUCCUUCUUAAGGACAAGCCUGUUUGUUAACUUAAACAUCUUAUAUUGUUUUAUGAGUUGUUUGUGUGGUUAUUAAUGGAUUGUGG